AUGUUUCAGUACUAUGAUGAAGCUCUACAGAUCUUCCCCGAAAUAAAAUCCGACCAAAAUUUGAUGUGCAUGUUUAGUAAGCACUACAAGAGCAAGGUUAUCAUCAUGUUCAUCGUAUAUCGAGGCCCUUCUGAUCCAUAUGAGCUAGUCAUGAAGUGGGAUUUUAAUGUUGAUAGCCAACCCAAAAACAACAUAGAGCUUGAUGAGAAUGAUUACCUUAGAAACCCGGCACCACAGAAUGAACAUGUAGGUGUAGAUGAAGAGGCAUUGUACUUGGAGACUGUACCACGAAAUGCACUACAGGUUGUGAAUUAUCUAAUUGAAAAAGAGAAGAGAGGUGAUGAGUCCGAGGAUGAUAGUGAGGAUGAUGAUGAUGAAGAAGAAGUACAGGAGGAUGAUGAGGUGUCAUGUAAUGAUGGAAAUAAUGCUUCAAAUGCAGAGUAUGGCACAGAUGAUCCACCAAUGGGCAAGCACUGGCGCAACGCGACGCUGUCUGGCUCGGGUCGCACGGCAAGCACAGGUGUAGCGCGGCACGGCUCAAGGCAGGGCCAACGGAGGCAGACGCUCUAUAGUGGUUUCAAGCAAAAGAGGCGCCACGUUGUUGGAGCAGCAUACCGAGGCAGGUUUCAGGACUGGAAAUCAGAGCAAUCUGUUUCUGUUAUUUCAGAUAGGGUAAAUUCAGAAAGAGGGCAUAACAUCUUUGGCUUGUUAAAGGACAGAACUGCAGGAGCCUUUUCAUUCCUGGGGAACUCUUCACAUUCUGAAGCUCUAAACAAAUCUGGCCCAGAGGAAAAGAAGUCCAAAAUAAGAGUUCUUGAUCCUCAAGGGCCAUUUUUGCAGAGAUGGAACAAGAUAUUUGUGAUAUCAUGUCUUUUUGCCGUUUUUGUGGACCCAUUGUUCUUGUAUAUCCCAGUAAUUGAUGGUGGCAACAACUGCCUGUACUUGGACAAGAAGUUAGAGACCGUAGCAAGUAUCCUGCGCUUUUUCACAGAUAUCUUCUAUUUACUCCAUAUGCUAUUUCAGUUCAGAACAGGCUUUAUUGCUCCCUCUUCUAGAGUGUUCGGUCGGGGUGUCUUGGUUAAGGACACAUUUGCAAUAGCAAAGCGAUAUAUGUCAACACUGUUCCUGGUGGAUUUCUUAGCAGUUCUGCCCCUCCCUCAGUUACAUGGUAUGAACAAUGCUUUGAGCUACUUUCAAAAUGUGCCUGAAAGUUUAGAUCUGAUUUUUCAUUAUCAGGUGUUUGUGUUGGUGGUGCUGCCUACUCUCCAAGGUCCUGAAGUUAUGAAGGCAAAAAUUGUACUACUGGUUAUUAUUAUUUGUCAGUAUGUGCCUCGACUGCUCCGCAUAAUACCACUUUACCUUCAAAUCACGAGAUCUGCUGGCAUACUUACAGAGACAGCAUGGGCUGGUGCUGCUUUCAACCUUUAA